AGAAUCCCUCAAGCAACAGCUAAAUUUUUUAAUUUAUUUCUAUUUUCUUGAAAAUAUCAGCAACGUCCUACUCAACAUAUCCCUCUUUAUAUAAUCCAAUACUCACACUGAUUUUGAUCAUAAAAGCCUCAGCCAAACAUUCCAUGCAAGUAGGGUGUCUCACUAUCUUGGUUUCCUAUAGUCAACAACAUAGCACCAAUCAUUUUCUGUCUACAAAUGGCUCCUAGGAAGGAAGUAUUUGAGGGAGUGGAAUGGAGGAUAAGGGUGGCUGCUGAUGGCUCAUCAGAGGCAUUGGUUCCCGCUACUGGGCUUGCAAGAAAGGCCUGGCUUGGAAUAAAAGGUCUAAUUUUAGGUUUUGCUUUGAAAGUGAGGAUGUUUGUGAAGAAAGCAUGGGACGUGGGGACUAAUGAUCCUAGAAAAGUGAUCCAUUGCAUUAAAGUAGGACUGGCACUCGCAAUUGUAUCAUUGUUCUACUUCAUGAGGCCUUUGUAUGAUGGUGUUGGAGGCAAUGCUAUGUGGGCUGUUAUGACAGUUGUGGUAGUAUUUGAGCCAACUGUUGGAGCAACCCUAUACAAAUGUUUCAACAGAGUUUUAGGGACCUUUCUAGCCGGAUUUCUUGCGGUUGGGGUACACUGGGUCGCCAGUCAGUCAGGAGAAAGAGUUGAGCCCUUUGUUGUGGGAGCCUCAGUUUUCCUAUUAGCUUCGGCAGCAACCUUCUCUCGACUCAUUCCAUCAGUAAAGUCCCGGUUUGAUUAUGGUGCCCUGAUCUUCAUACUCACCUUCAGCUUCGUUGCAGUAUCAGGCUAUAGAGUGGAUAAAUUGUUUGAGCUGACCCAUCAUAGAAUAUCCACCAUUAUCAUUGGAUCUUCCUUGUGCAUACUUGUAAUCAUGCUUGUCUACCCCAUUUGGUCUGGUCAGGAGCUCCAUAGCCUGAUAGUUCGUAACAUGGACAAACUCGCAGAUUCCCUGGACGGUUGUGUAACACAGUAUUUUAAUCGGAGUGGGGGAGGUACCAACAGCGAGGAAGAGGCUACUGAUAAUAAAUUGCAAGGCUACAAGUGCGUGCUAAGCUCCAAGGCAUCCGAAGAAUCUAUGGCAAAUUUUGGUAGGUGGGAGCCUUCCCAUGGCCAGUUCAACUUCCGGCAUCCGUGGAAACAAUACCUAAAAAUAGGUGCAUCCAUGCGCAGUUGUGCUUACUGCAUAGAGGCUCUCAACAGUUGCAUAAAAUCAGAAAAUCAGGCAGCUAAAUUAAUAAAGCAGCAUCUUGGCAGUGGUUGCUUGAAAGUGAGCUCUAGCUCUUCAAAUGUCAUAAGGGAGCUUGCAGAAACGGUGAAGAUGAUGAAGAAGAAAUCAUCAACGACAGAUUUGUUGGCGGAGGAAAUGAAGAGCGCAGUGCAAGAGCUCCAGAAUGACUUAAAAACGAUUCCUCAUUUGCUGAAUCCAUCAGCAAUUCCGGGAAACAAAACCUUAGAGACAGCCUGCUCGGAAGCAACAACACCCACAGUCACUCUGAUGGAACUCGUACCAGUGGUGACUUUGGCUUCUAUACUGAUUGAAAUUUCUGGGCGGAUUGAAGCCCUAGUUGACGCUGUGGAAGAACUAGCCAAGCUAGCUGAAUUUGGAAUCAAUGAUGACAAGUCCAAGCACAGCAAAAUGACUGAUAAAACUGUAUCAGAUGCAAAGCACAUCACCCAGGGGAUUUGCUUAUACUGACAAGACACAAAACCAAGUCUAGGCUCGGCCCAACACAUGUAUCCUUGGAAAUGGAGUGAACAAAAAACUGCCACUGGAAAUAUAUUUCUUGCCAUAUUAUAUGACAUGUCUUGUUUCUCAGCACCAAUUGUAUCAAUGAAUUAAAAAACGGAUUCAAAUCAUUCACUAUUUUAUUAACAAAACGAAUAACAUCCGAUCAAGGAACAUAGCAAAAAAGCACAGGGAAGAACAAUGCAUAAAAUAUUUUCGAUUGGGAAGAAGAAAAAGACAGAGACAUCAUCCAUAUACUUGGUUAAUGAGGAGAAUCAUCCAGAAAACAUUCAUGGAUAACCCUACCAGUU